CCCCAUAAACUAAAUUAGUUAAUAUAUGAGUAUGUGUACAUGUUAGUAUUUAAAGAGCCCGUGCUCAAUUGGAAAAUGUCUCAAGAUCACAUGCUGUCAGCGAAAAUUCUGGCAAGAGUUAAAGCGCAAAACAAAAUCAAAUCGAAAUUCGACUGUCAGUCACGAAAAGCUCCAAAGCAACGUCUACGAUUUCACUCAGUCAGCGUAUAAAACCCUCUGCGCGUUGCCCAAGUAGCGCCAAACUUCAAUUGGAACAACGCCAAGACGCAAUACGGAAAAUGACGCUUAAAGUACUUGGCUUAGCGCUGCUCAUACAGCUCGCUGCCGCAGCUACCAUGUCCAGCAGCACAACGGAAGCAUCAACAAUAACAACAACUACUACUCAAAGCAGCAGCAGCACGUCCGCUUCCCGUUAUAGCAAUCCGUUGCUGGAGCAUAAGCACGAACGUAACUGCAAGGCCAUCUGUGAGCACUGCGGUUGCUUAGGUUUCUAUUGCGGCGAGGAGUGCAUUUGUGAGUGCAACGACGACAGCUCCAACACUGAAUGCAUACACACCAUGCAGGUAAAUGCGCGCUCGCUCAAUACACCCUUUGAGAUACUUAUCCAGGGUCCAAGCAGCAAUCGCUUUGUGCGCAACGCCCAGCAAUUCGAACAGCAGCCUGGUAAUGCCGAUCGGCGCAAUCGUCGCUCCACCAUUACUAUCUAUAGGCCAUCAACAGAUCGUAAGCGAGCCCCUUUUUCCUUAAAUGCCUUGGACUUGAGCACGCCUAAGAAAUCAGAGUUGGCGCGUCACAAGCGCUCUGUGGAACAUCUUGAAUGGUUUAAUGAUUUUGCCAACAGCUUCGUGCGUCCCUCACCCUUGGGCAGCAAUGCAUAUAAGCAACGUGCUUCCAAACGUCAAGCCGCUACCACAGAGCGUUUGCCAAGUCCUCAACGCGAACCUUGGUUUUUGGAGCAAAAGGCGUCUCGGCUUACACGACCAGCGCCGCUCUUCAAACGCCACCAGGAGGAGAGCGAGGAGGAGCCGCGUAGCAGGAAAUCCAAACACAGCUCAACACGCAAAAGAACAAAAUCCAUUUCCAUAGAAGAUGAAACAGAAACUGAAGCCCCCAAGGCCAAACCAGAAAUACGCCCAUUUCGAGAUGCUUUGCAAGUAGUGGAGCGUAUUCCUCGCGUGCUGCAGGAUACGGUUACUCAUCUGGCCGCUGACAAUGACAACAACAAUGGCGAUGUAUUUAGUUUAAACAUUAUGAAUGAUGUAUUACCAAGUGGCAACUCAGCUGAGCGCACGGAACGUCCCAAGCCGCGCCGUUCCAGCAGCAAAAGAAGGAGUCGCACUCGAGACAGUGUUGUGGGCAGACGAUCAGCAUAUACUGUAACACCUGCGCCUAUUGAGCUACCAGCGCCAGCACCAGCGCUGCCUGCAUUUCCACUCGCGCCCCGUGGACUACUCUUGCCCUGGUUACGCCAGCGACGACUUAUGCGUAUGCGCGGCGAAUAAAUAAGAAGUUUGUAAAUUCUAAUU